AAUCUCAUUUAAGUAAACUGAUUACAUUUGAGGCCUUUUAAGUUAUGUUUCAGAAUUACUUAUAUGCAUAUUCUUUAGUUGUUGGACAUUUAUUCUGAUUAUUGUUUAUUUGCUGUAUUUGUACAGUUUUACUUCUAACUCAUGAUGCAUUUCUUACUGGCAUCUUAUUAAAUGAUUCCCGUAAACCUCAGUGGGUGUGAUUUCCAGAAGAAACGACAACGAACUCGGUAGGAAUUUGGUGAGGGCGGAGUGAGUUAUAAAAUCUUCUCGCGAGCUUUCGCGCAUUAUUUUCACUGAUCCUCGUUCGCGUCAAAAGAAGAACGGAGUAAAAUCCCAGUGGUUUCAUCUUAUGAGAGAGAGAGAAUAGUCCAGUGACUAUCUGGAAGGAUAGAAAACGAAAAAGUCUGGAUUCAGAAAAAAUCUUUAAUGAUGAUGAUGAUGAAGACCGUGUUGCUGCUGAUCUCAGUACUGCUAACUGAGGCUCUUCAGUCCAAGGGCAGACUGGCCACACAAGAUGAGACAAUGGCGCCCGUCUGGACUCAGCCUGAUAAGAUGGAGAAGAAGCUCCACACUGUUCCUGCCAGCAAAACCGUCAAGUUCCGUUGCCAGGCCAAUGGUAACCCUACACCAACACUCAAGUGGCUCAAGAACGGCAAAGAGUUUAAGCAAGACCAGCGAAUAGGAGGCUAUAAGGUUCGAGAGCACAUGUGGACCAUCAUAAUGGAGUCGGUGGUACCAUCAGACAAAGGCAACUACACCUGCCUGGUAGAAAACAAAUACGGCAGCAUCAAUCACACCUACCAGCUGGACGUAGUUGAGCGUUCACCAGACAGGCCGAUUCUUCAGGUGGGGUUGCCUGCUAACCGUACAGCAGUGGUGGGGAGUGACGUGGAGUUUGUAUGUAAAGUCUUCAGCGAUUCUCAGCCACACAUCCAGUGGCUGAAGCACAUCGUGGUCAACGGAAGUAGAUUUGGCCCUGAUGGACUGCCAUAUGUUCGGAUCUUAAAGACGGCAGGCAUCAGCACCACGGAUAAGGAGAUAGAGGUACUGCAGAUCAGGAAUGUUUCUUUAGAGGAUGCUGGAGAGUACACCUGCUUGGCUGGGAACUCUGUCGGCAUCUCCUAUCACACUGCAUGGUUGACUGUCUAUAAAGCAUUGUCCCCCAGGCCAAAUUCUGGACUGCCAUCUGUUCGGGUCUGCGUGUUUUUCCUAGUCAUGGUAGUGUUUGUUUGUUUGUUUGCUUGUAUUUUGAGCCAAAUGAAGCUCACAAUUUUCUCUGCACCCAAGUCCUCAUUUUCACCUUCCACAAACUCUUGUUGUGAUGAAAAGUGAAAUGUUUUCUAUGAAUGACUAUGAAAUACAUUCUAUGUCUAUAUUCUAAGUAUAAAUGUGUGUGUGUGGUUCGGGUAUACCCUACAUCAGGGGUGCCCAAGCCUGGUCCUGGAGAUCUAACUUCCUGCAGAGUUCAGUUUCAACCCUGAUCAAACACACCUGUCUGUAAUUAUCAAGUGCUCCUCCAGAUCCUAAUUAGUUGGUUCAUUUGUGUUUGAUCAGGGUUGGAGCUGAACUUUGCAAGAAGGUAGAUUUCCAUGACCAGUGUUGGAAACCCCUGCCCUACAUUAUGAGGACAAAAUGUCCCUUCAGAGAUGGCAAUAUCUAAAACCCUUGUGGGGACAUGUUUCCAUGAGGAAAGCAGCUUAUAAAUCAUACCAAUUUAAGUUUUUUUUUUAUUUUUUAUUUUUAUCUAAAAUAGGAAAACGUUGUCUAUGAGGGAUAGUUAAGGCUUAUAGAAAAUACAGUUUGUACAGUAUAAAUCCAUUACAUCUAUGGAAUGUCCUCAUAAAACAUGGAAACCCAACACGUGUGUGUGUGUGUGUGUGUGUGUGUGUGUGUGUGUGUGUGUGUGUGUGUGUGUGUGUGUGUGUGUUUUGUUUGGGGAGUCGCUUUUAGACUCAAUGUUCCAAUAAAGUCUCAUUUAUACAGACAGUAAGUUGGAGUGGUGUCUCUGUAAAUGCUGCACAGCUGCACAGCAAAGAAACACUAAAGAUUCUAGGGCCCAUAUUGUAGUGGUUAAAAGUGGCUGUUUGGACAGGACACAAAUGCACUGUGCACAGAUUGUGAAAGGCCAGUCAUAUUAUAGUUUUCUUUUUUUUUUCUUUUUUUUUUUUUUACCACGAUCCUGUUAAAUUAAGGCCAUCAAAAUAGACCUUUACACUUGAAGUGUGAUUUUCUCUGUCAGAUCCUUGUGGAAAGGAAAGGGUGCAAAGCUAUUAAUUUAUGUUUACCCUUAUGAAAAAGAAGUUUAUUCAAGUGUGCUAUUAGUAUACAUCCUUUAAACUAAU